GGCGGCUGAGCCCCCCGGCUUGCACGCUGCGCAAGCACAAGACGAAUAGGAAGCCCCGGACACCCUUCACUACAGCACAGCUGCUGGCCCUUGAGAGGAAAUUUCGGCAGAAGCAGUACCUGUCCAUUGCUGAGCGCGCCGAGUUCUCCAGCUCACUCAGCCUCACCGAGACCCAGGUGAAGAUCUGGUUCCAGAACCGCCGUGCCAAGGCCAAGCGGCUCCAGGAGGCUGAACUGGAGAAGUUGAAGAUGGCAGCCAAGCCUAUGCUCCCACCCGCUGCUUUCGGCAUCUCCUUCCCACUGGGCGGCCCGGCUGUGGCCGGCGCCUCUUUAUAUGGUGCCUCCAGCCCUUUCCAGCGUGCAGGGCUGCCCGUGACUCCUGUGGGACUGUACACAGCACAUGUGGGAUACAGCAUGUACCACCUCACAUAG